CACCUGUUCGGCCGGGCACGGCGUGGGCACCGGGGGCCAGGAUGAAAGUGACCGUGUGCUUCGGCAGGACAGGCAUCGUGGUGCCCUGCAAGGAGGGCCAGCUGCGCGUCCGGGAGCUCACGCAGCAGGCGCUGCAGCGGUACUUGAAGACCCGGGAGAAGGAUCCUGGCUACUGGGUGAAAAUUCAUCACUUAGAAUACACAGAUGGAGGAAUCCUGGAUCCAGAUGAUGUUUUGGCAGAUGUCGUUGAAGACAAAGAUAAGCUGAUUGCUGUGUUUGAUGAACAAGAACCACUCCACAAGAUUGAGAGCCCCAGUGGAAACCCUGCAGGUCGGCAGAGCCCAGAUGCCUUUGAGACAGAAGUGGCUGCCCAGUUGGCUGCAUUUAAACCAAUUGGUGGGGAAAUUGAAGUAACCCCUUCUGCUCUGAAAUUAGGCACUCCAUUGCUGGUGAGGAGAAGCAGUGACCCAGCGCCAGGCCCACCUGCUGAUGCCCAGCCAAGUGCUUCACACCCCAGUGGCCAGAGUCUGAAACCUGUUAUUCUAGAUUCCACACAGAACUUAGAAGAUGGAGAAGUUAUGAAUGGUGUACAGACAGAACCACUGACGUCGCCAAAAACCAAGGAUGCAUUGAGUGAUAUGACAAGAACAGUGGAGAUUUCUGGGGAAGGAGGCCCCUUGGGAAUACAUGUAGUGCCCUUCUUUUCAUCUCUGAGUGGAAGGAUUCUAGGACUCUUCAUCCGCGGCAUUGAAGAAAAUAGCAGGUCCAAGCGGGAGGGACUAUUUCAUGAAAAUGAGUGUAUUGUAAAAAUCAACAGCGUGGACCUUGUAGACAAAACCUUUGCUCAGGCUCAAGAUGUCUUCCGUCAGGCGAUGAAAUCUCCCAGCGUGCUCCUCCAUGUGCUUCCACCUCAAAACCGUGAACAGUACGAAAAAUCAGUCAUUGGACCACUUAACAUUUUUGGUAACAAUGAUGGUGUUUUGAGAACAAAGCUGCCGCCUCCUGUCCACGGGAUAUCAGGAAUAAAAAGCAUAAAUCUCACAGGAACAGGUAGUCCUGAAGAAGAUGCAUUGACCUCUCUGCAACAAAGCAAGAGCCCCCGGGUGCCAAGACUGGGUAGAAAGCCAUCCUCUCCCUCACUCUCCCCUCUCAUGGGGUUUGGCAGCAAGAAGAAUGCAAAGAAAAUUAAGAUUGACCUAAAGAAAGGCCCUGAAGGACUGGGUUUCACUGUGGUUACCAGAGAUUCUUCCAUACAUGGGCCUGGUCCCAUUUUUGUAAAAAACAUUUUACCAAAGGGAGCAGCAAUAAAAGAUGGCCGCCUACAAUCAGGGGACAGAAUUUUGGAGGUAAAUGGCAGAGAUGUCACUGGCCGAACUCAGGAAGAGCUUGUGGCCAUGCUGAGGAGCACCAAGCAAGGAGAGACCGCGUCGCUGGUCGUCGCCCGUCAAGAAGGAACCUUUCUUCCCCGAGAGCUGAAAGGAGAACCUGAUUGCUAUGCACUCUCACUGGAAACAACUGAGCAACUCACCUUUGAGAUCCCCCUGAAUGAUUCAGGUUCUGCUGGUCUUGGCGUGAGCUUGAAAGGGAACAAAUCUCGAGAAACUGGAACGGACUUGGGAAUUUUUAUCAAAUCCAUCAUCCAUGGAGGUGCUGCUUUCAAGGAUGGUCGUCUGCGGAUGAAUGACCAGCUGAUUGCCGUUAAUGGGGAAUCUCUUUUGGGAAAGUCCAACCAUGAAGCUAUGGAGACACUGAGGCGAUCAAUGUCCAUGGAAGGAAAUAUUCGAGGGAUGAUCCAAUUGGUGAUUCUGCGGAGACCAGAGAGACCACUGGAGGAGCCUGCAGAGUGUGGGGCAUUUUCUAAGCCAUGCUUUGAGAAUUGUCAAAACGCUAUAACCACCUCCAGGAGAAAUGAUAAUAGUUCAUUGCAUCCAUUUGGCACUUACAGUUCACAAGACAAACAGAAAGAGCUAUUCCUCCCCAGUGACGGAUGGGCCGAGGCUGAGGUCCCGCCUUCUCCACCACCACAUCCCAUUCUGGAACUGGGCACUGAAGAUUACAGCCACAGCUCUGGGGUGGAUUCAGCAGUAUAUUUUCCAGAUCAGCACAUCCACUUCAGAUCUGUGACACCGGCCAGGCAGCCUGAAUCGAUGAAUCUGAAAGCCUCCAAGAGCAUGGACCUUGUGCCAGAUGAAAGCAAAGUCCACUCAUUGGCUGCUCACAAAUCGGAAUCUCCAAGCAAAGAUUUUGGUCCAACCCUGGGUUUGAAAAAGUCUAGUUCCUUGGAGAGCCUCCAGACUGCGGUUGCUGAGGUCAGGAAGAACGAACUUCCCUUCCACAGGCCCCGGCCGCACAUGGUUCGCGGCCGAGGCUGCAACGAGAGUUUCCGGGCAGCCAUUGACAAAUCCUAUGAUGGACCCGAAGAGCUAGAAGCUGACCGUCUGUCUGAUAAGAGCUCUCACUCUGGCCAAGGAGCUCUGAAUUGUGAAUCUACCCCUCAGGGCAACUUGGAGCUGGAGGAUGCGGAACAGAAAGCCAGGAAAAUCAAAAAACCCAAAGAGAAGGACAAGAAGAAGGACAAGGGCAAACUGAAAGUCAAGGAGAAAAAGCUGAAAGAAGAAAAUGAAGACCCAGAGAGGAAAAUCAAGAAGAAAGGAUUCGGUGCCAUGCUGAGAUUUGGAAAGAAGAAAGAUGACAGAGGUGGCAAGGCUGAGCAGAAGGGCGCUCUGAAGCAUGGAGGCCUAAGGGAAGAAGAGCUGGAAAAAAUGAAAGAAGAACGUGAAAGGAUUGGAGCAAAACAUCAGGAGCUAAGGGAAAAGCAGGCAAGAGGUCUUAUUGAUUAUGCUACUGGUGCAGCUGGAUCACUGCAUGAUAUGGACGAUGAUGAAAUGGACCCCAACUAUGCCAGAGUGAACCACUUCCGGGAACCGUGUACAUCAGCAAGUGUCUAUAGGUCAUCUUCUCCACCUCGGGCUGGACCCCUGGGUUACCAUCGGGAUGGCCGUCCUCUCUCUCCCGAGAGAGACCACUUAGAGGGUCUCUAUGCCAAGGUCAACAAACCAUAUCAUCCGCCAGUGCCAGCUGACAGUGGCCGGCCUGCAAGUGGGAGCACGGACCGCAUCCAGAAGUUGCGGAAAGAGUAUUAUCAGGCCCGGAGGGAAGGAUUCACCUUGUAUGAGGAUGAUGAGGGAAGAGCGAGGCUAGAUUAUGACCUUCACUGGGUGUCUGGAAAGGGUCCAGAUGGGAAUGCACACAACGUCCGUUUUGAGGGGAUGGAGAGACAGUACGCAUCCUUACCCAGGGGAGGACCAGCUGAUCCUAUAGACUAUCUGACGGCAACACCUCGAGCGCUCUACAAGGAAAGAGAGCUUCCAUAUUACCCAGGGGCUCAUCCCGUGCAUCCUCCCAAGGGGAGCUACCCCCGCCCCCCGGAUCUGAGGGUUGCAGACCUCCGGUACCCUCAGUAUUACCCUCCUCCGCCAGCCCCCCAGCAUAAAGGACCCUUCCGACAAGAUGUCCCACCUUCUCCUCCUCAGCACCACAGAGUGCCAGCCUAUCAGGAAAUGGGUAGACCAGGGCCCCGCGGGGGCAGCCCAGACCAGUACCCCUACCGAGCCCAGGAUCCCAGGCAGAAGAACCCCAUGACUGCAGCUGUGUAGCUGAAUACCACCAAGCUCAGCCCAGCCCAGAAAGGGAGAUGGGUGACAUCACCUUUGCCCUUCCUAGACUUU